GUCAUCAGUCUCUGGAACAACUUUGUGACAUCAGUCUCUAACUGCAACAAGUUGCAAUGGGUGUGGAUAAAGCAGUUGUCAUGAUUGUUGGUCUGCUUGUCAUCCUGGCCUACGUUCAUGGUAUGUCCCCUGGUGGGAAACGACGCUGCCUAUGCAAAGGGCAUGGUGCCAAAAGGUUUGCUCUCAAAUCUUUAAAAAAAGUUGAGGUGUUUCCAAUUUCCCCUGGCUGUGAGAAUGUAGAGAUCAUUGCUACACUGAAAUCUGGCCGUCUUAUCUGCAUCAAUCCUGAAUCAAAAACCAUCAACAAACUUAUUUUUGCUAUGGGAAAGAAAUGGGACCACAAAUCGAUUGGCUAAAUGAAAGGAAUGGCCUUUACUUCAAAUGCUACAGUUGGAACUUCGCAUUUUGCACCUUUGCAACAUAUUAAUCACAACAAUAAUUACUAAUGCUUAGCAAAAUAUAACUAGAAAUGUUUUAUAUAGAAAUAGAUAUGCCCAGCCUUAAAAUUAAUUAAGGCAUAGCCUUACUAAUAAAUAAACAUUCAGAGAAAAAAGAAAAAAAAUUAAUAAAGGACACUUUUUAUCCAUUGAAACUGGAUUUUAUUUAAUAACAUAGGGGAGAAUGUAAUCGCAAGAUCAUAAGCGAUGUUUAAAAUGGCGUUCUUUGAGAAUGUUAAGCACUGUUCAAAAUGUAAAAUCAUUCUCUGGCAAAUAUUACAUUGCUCAUUAUUGCUAAGCAAAGGUUAGUGUUAACACCUGAUCUGGAAUUUUGCGAAAUCUUUUGUCUCAA